AUGUGGGCUCUGGCGGCGUCGGGUCACGGCAGGAACAGCGGCACGGCGGCAGCCGAGCGUCGGCGAAGAGGCGAGCAAAGGGCGCUAGAACUCCUGGUGCUGCAGAUCGGCGAGAUUGGGACAACGAUGGUGUCGCGAAACUGCGGGAGUAGGCAGGUCGUCCGUCGCGGGUCAGGCGUUGCAGGGUGCGGGGUUGGUGCUCGGACCACGGGCGGAGACGGUGGGUCGUCGGCAACGGCAGAGACGGAGGGACGAUGGCCGACGGUCCUGACAUUGAAUAGCAACCUACUGUUUUUCCAUAGAGACCCCAUGUGGGGGGAUCAUUUGGUAGAUCAUUUGCCCAUCUUCUGUUCUAGCAACUUCGCUGAUCAAGUGGCUCUUCUCCACUUCAAAUCGGCGAUUGAAGUUGACCCGACAAACACGAUCAAAGGUGGAAAUUGGACCACCGAAGCAAAUUUUUGUCAAUGGAUUGGCGUCUUUUGCAGCAACCAUAGGCAGAGGGUCACAGCUUUAGACCUCUCGCACAUGGGUCUCCAAGGGAGGCUUUCUCCUUAUCUAGGCAAUCUUUCUUUCCUGGCUUCUCUUGAUCUUAGCAACAACAGUUUCUACGGGAGAAUUCCAAUAGAAAUCGGUCAUUUACGCCACUUGAAAGAACUCAUACUUGAAAUAAACCAGUUUGAAGGAAACAUUCCUCCUAACUUAUCCCAGUGCCAAAAUCUCGAAGAUAUGUCACUCGUAGAAAAUAGGCUAAGGGGUGGUAUACCGGGAGAAUUUGGCGCCUUCCCUAAGUUACAACUACUAUAUCUUAGCUUCAACCCCUUACGUGGUCAAAUUCCAAGCUUCCUAGGCAAUAUAUCCACAUUGCAGUUCAUUGGGGGUCUUCCCUCCAAUCUUUGCUCCUGCUGGCCUAGCAUUCAGAUGCUUCAACUAUUUGAUAACCAGUUCAACGGCGUGAUACCAGAGACGCUAACCCAAUGCAAAGAGCUUCUCAUAUUGGCGUUGUCAUACAAUCAUUUUCAGGGAAGCUUUCCUCGAGACAUUGACAGGUUGCAAAAGCUACAGAAGGUCUUUCUCGAUGAAAACAACUUGACUGGCACGAUUCCUCGAACCAUCGAAGCUUUCAACUGUCAAAUUAGAGGUCGCAUUCCUCAGGAAAUGGGUUCCUUGAAGAGAUUGACUACACUAUGGUUGAAUGACAACGAUCUAGAUGGCAACAUCCCAUCAUCAAUCAGAGGACUAGAAAGCUUGCAAAGGCUGUAUCUCGAUAACAACCAUCUCGAAGGACCGAUCCCCGAUGAGAUAUGCAACUUGACAAGUUUAGGAAAUUUGUUGCUCCAACAAAAUAGUUUAUCGGGAUCGAUCUUGAAUUGCAUUGGAAACUUGAGCAGCCUUCAAGAGUUUACAGUAAGUUGGAAUAACUUCACAUCAAUCGUACCAGUUAGCCUGUGGAGUCUUCAAGGACUCAUCUUCCUCGAUUUUUCACACAAUUCUUUCAUUGGAGGGCUACCAUUGGAGAUAGGGAAAAUGAGAGCUAUGAACGGCAUCGAUCUUUCUCGAAAUCAACUUACUGGCACCAUACCUAGUUCCAUCCAGGGGUUAGAGAGCCUUGCUUCUCUCAACUUGUCAGGGAACUCGUUUGAAGGAUCAAUACCGCCAUCGAUCGGUGACCUCAAAGGGUUGGAGUUCCUUGAUCUCUCCUACAAUGAGUUGUCAGGCGCAAUACCCAAGUCCAUCGAAGAACUCAGAUUUCUGCAAAAUUUGAACUUGUCCUUUAAUAAGUUGUCAGGAGAAAUUCCUAAUGGCGGAUCCUUUGGAAAUUUCUCAGCUCUCUCCUUCAUUGGGAAUGAAGCGCUCUGUGGAAAUGCAAUAUUUGAAGUCCCAACUUGCAAAGUAAAUGAAAAGAAAUCAUCCAGGGACAAGCGGCUAUGGUUACUAUACGUUAUGUUGCCAAUUGCAUCUGCUAUACUUUCGGUUAUUGUCAUUUGCUUGCUUAGAAAGCAUGGAAACACGAUUAAAAGAGCUCCAGUUUCGGUGGGCAUCCUGCUUGGAAUUAACCACCCAUUGAUAACAUAUCGGGAGCUUUGCUCAGCUACGAACAAUUUCAGCGAAAGCAACUUACUCGGAACAGGAAGCUUUAGCUCUGUAUACAAAGGGACUCUGGCCAACAGGACUGACGUUGCGGUCAAAGUACUAAAUCUCCAAAUUGAAGGCGCCUUGAAAAGUUUUGACGCAGAAUGCGAGGUUUUCCGCAAAAUCCGGCACCGGAAUCUCGUCAAGGUGAUUAGCUCUUGCCCGAAUGCCGAUCUAAGAGCUCUGGUGCUGCAAUAUGUGCCCAAUGGGAGCUUGGAGAAGUGGCUCCACUCCAAUAACCGCAACUUGGGUCUCCAUCAGCGAGUGAAUUUAGUGGUCGACAUCGCAACGGCACUCGAUUAUCUCCACCAUCGCCAACCAGAACCCAUUGUGCACUGUGAUCUGAAGCCUAGCAAUGUUCUUCUAAAUGAGGUCCUCGUCGCACAAGUCUGCGACUUUGGAAUUGCAAAGAUUUUGGCUAAGAACAAGCUUGAAACACAAACCCAAACUCUCGGCACGAUUGGAUACAUUGCUCCAGAGUACGGUUUGGAAGGAAAAGUCUCGACAAAAGGAGAUGUAUACAGUUUCGGCAUAUUGUUGUUGGAAGUGAUAACUAGUAAGAAGCCAACCGAUGAAAUGUUCGAUGCGGAUAUGAGCUUGAGGCAAUGGGUAGGUGCAGCGACUCUAGAUAGAGUGCUUGACAUCAUGGAUAGCAAACUCAUCAGCAUGAAACAUGAAGAUUUGACGCCUCCGGAACUCGAGAGUAUAGUUUUAUCGAUUCUAGAGUUAGGAUUAGAAUGCUCGAAGGACUUGCCUGAGGAAAGAAUGGACAUGAAAACUAUCAUGGUUAAGCUCAACAAGAUCAAGUUGUCACUACUUGACAAGAAAAUAAGGUAG